UGAGGGGAGUUGGGCAAAGGAGCAAAGGCUUCUAUAACAGAUGGAGAACCAAACCAGGGCUGAAAGGGCAGUGAAUACUGGACUUACAUUUGUCAGGUGGCCAGCAGUACCAAUGGAAACAGCACGAAGUGGAUUUUUUUCAAUCAUCCUCCAGCCAGGUUCCAGGAAUAAGGGAAUCAUGGGAAAAGUUUGGCACACAGUUUAAUGCAGUGGUAUCUCCUGUACAGUUUACUAUGAGAUGUAUGGUGUGUGAGGACUAUACAUAGAGACAAGAUGUGGAUAAUGAAAUUAUCUUUCAAAUUUCGGGGGUGAAGGUGACCUAACAGUGUGACUCCUGUGCAAUACCCAUGGCUGGGGUGAACUAUCAUGUGCACAAAAAUGGAAGAAAGCAAGAAAAAUAAAAAGCACAAAUAUACAGACUAAAAAAUAUACUGACUAAAAAAUACAAGACAAUAUGGCAGAAAAAGCCCUGAGUUGGAGCAACUGUUUUGACAAUAGCAGCUAUACACACACAAACCCUAAGAAUGAUCACAUGGACGGACGAGAAGGAUGAGUUUUUGGAUAUGGGACGAGUGAGAGUUAUUAUGGCCCCUGGGCAAGGCGUACAGAAGCAAAAGUUCCUGGGAAGGAAGGAAGGGGGGUAACUCAGGACGGAGGAUGCAAGCAAGGAAGGAGUGGCUGCUGGCCACAGACACAGCUGGUUCCUGACAGAGGAGGCCCAGGUCCUGCUGCCUGCUGCUAUCACCACAGCCAACAUUGCUGCCUGGCCUCCCCAGGGGCUGCAGCCCUGCAACAUGCUGAAACACACACAAACUGUAACAUACAAACACACACUUCUCUUUUGAGCUGCAAUGGAAGGCAGGGCAGGAGGAGGGUUCAGAUGAGAGCACAGCCCCUCAGCCAGAGCCACGAGGCAAGCUGUCCUGCCACUGACACACACUCAUUCACACACACACACCCUUGGUAGCCUCACACACACACUCUGCUAUAGAGUUGAGAAGAGAGGCAAAAAGGGCGAAAGAACGAGAAGAAGAAAGAAAGGGAGAUGUACAAGCAAGAUGUGCCAAUUUCACCUACAGGAGACUGCAAAACAGACAAGGACUGUUAGUUGUGGAUAUUAACAUACAACUCUCAUGCAUUUUCCUAACUCAAAGUCGCAUGCAGACAUGAAGCAAAGAGAAAAUACCAGAGGAAUCCAAGAAUAAUACAACCAGGAUCAAAGUCUUCGAUGAAGGCGUGAAAGGAAGAAGAGGAAGCAACCCCUGGCUGUUUCUCAUUUUUCACUUUCUGGAGUUUUAACUGCAGCUAAGUCCUUGUCCUCGCAUGGCAGUUCGUGGGGUCAGUUAUUGAUCUACUGGGGUCUCAAAGGUAAACUGGGUGAAAAUUAUGAGGAAAAACAUGGAAAGCCUCAGGCACACUUUAUUACAGAGAACAUUCAGCAGGAAAACUUUCUAAAUGUUUGGAUUUAAUAGCAAUUUUUGGAGUUAACCGCCUUGUGUCUGUUUCUGCUACCCCACUUGGACCUACGGGCUCUCAGUGUGCACCAGAGUGCUUCACACAAACAGUGUGUCACUUAAACUCCAAGCCCCUCACCUCGCAAAGACAGUGGAAAGUUGAGACCGUAGCACUGGUAAUUUGAAGGUUCAAACAUGUCUGCUGAGGUCCAUCUGGAGCGUCAGAAGAAGGCCGACCUGAGAGGUGGGACUUCCUCUGCUCCAGUGUUUGCUCCACGUGUUCCCACGGUCACACUGAUUAGCCACCGGGAGCUGAAGGAUAAACACUCUGCCCAGAGAUUCCAGCCUGGAAUCCUUGAUCCUAGCCUGGCAACCAGCAGCCACUACAGAUGUAGUGAAGGUAGCAGAGUGCAGAAGGUUGGAACAAUGCCAGAUUCACCUGCGGAUGUGAAAACCCAGCCCAGGUCCACCCCACCCAACAUGCCUCCGCCACCCCCGGCUGUCAGCCAAGCAACCAAUCGCAGUGCUUCAUUCACCCCCACCACCAGUAAAUCAAUGCUGAAUGGGAGCAGCCACUCUCCUACAUCGCUGAACGGUGCUCCGUCCACUCCUAACGGCUUCAGUAACGGGCCGGCCAUGUCCUCAACGGCCUCACUGUCCAACCAGCAGCUCCCGCCAGCUUGCGGUGCCCGGCAACUCUGCAAGCUGAAGCGCUUCCUGACCACGUUGCAGCAGUUUGGCAACGACAUAUCACCUGAGAUUGGAGAGAGAGUACGCAGCCUUGUGUUGGGGCUGGUGAACUCCACACUCACUAUCGAAGAGUUUCACUCCAAACUUCAUGAGGCCACCAACUUCCCUUUGAGGCCGUUCGUCAUUCCCUUCCUGAAGGCAAACCUGCCUCUGCUACAGAGAGAGUUGCUCCACUGUGCCAGGUUGGCCAAGCAGACUCCAGCUCAGUAUCUGGCUCAACACGAACAGCUUCUCCUGGACGCCAAUGCCAGCUCACCCCUCGACUCCUCCGAGAUCAUGCUAGAGAUGAAUGAGCACGGCAAGAGAAGGACCCCUGACAGGACCAAAGACAGCUCAGAGAGAGAUGGGUUGCACCCGGAGCACCUAGCUAAGAGGCCCUGCACCAUCAGCCCUAGCCAACGCUUCAGCCCCAGCACAGGUCUUCCUGCUCAUCCACCUCCUAAUGGCCUCCCCACACACCCUCCCAAUGGCCUGCCCCACCCACCCAACCCCCAAGUGGGACCACAGCACUAUCGCUUAGAAGACAUGGCCCUGGCGCACCAAUACAGAGAUGCUUACAGGCAUAACGAACACCGCGACGCCCGAGACAGGCACCGGCAGACAGCAGUGCAUGGAGCUCGCCAAGAGGAGGUGAUCGACCACCGUCUUACAGAUCGAGAGUGGGCAGAGGAAUGGAAGCACCUUGAUAAUCUCCUGAACUGCAUCAUGGACAUGGUGGAGAAGACACGCCGCUCCCUGACGGUGCUGCGCCGCUGCCAGGAGGCCGACCGGGAGGAGAUGAAUCACUGGAUUCGGCGCUACAGUGACGUGGAGGAGAUGAAAAAAGGUGGGAGCAACGGACAGCACUGCCUUCCUCCUCCUCUUCCUCCAGCUACUCCUCACCACAACUCCUCCUCCAACACAGCUAGCAGCAGCGAGUCACUGCCCAUAGGAACUUCCUCGGCUGCUGAAAGGCAGACAGGCAGACAGACAGAGAUCCACCGAGACUUCUUACACAGGCCUCCCUCAGGAUACUUGCCAGAAGAGAUCUGGAGGAAAGCUGGUACUACAAGCAUCCCGCUCUCCCCAGCCCUAAAGCACCUCCAAAACAAGCAGGAGGAGGCUGUGAAUGAGGUGAAGCGACAGGCGAUGUCAGAGCUGCAGAAGGCAGUGUCAGACGCCGAAAGGAAGGCUCAUGAGAUGAUUUCAGCCGAACGCUCUAAAAUGGAGAGGGCGCUGGCCGAGGCCAAGAGGCAAGCCUCUGAGGAUGCACUAACAGUCAUCAACCAACAGGAGGACUCCAGUGAAAGCUGCUGGAACUGCGGGAGGAAAGCCAGUGAGACGUGCAGCGGCUGCAACGCGGCUCGCUACUGCGGCUCCUUCUGCCAACACAAAGACUGGGAGAAGCACCACCAUGUCUGUGGUCAAGGCCUGCAGGGGCUGCCAGGGGGCAGCAGUGUUCCUCUAGGCACCCCCUCCUCCUCCACCUCCUCAGCGUCCUCCAGUGCACCCCCCACCCACUCGGAGAGCACUCCUCCAGGACCCCUGUCCCUGGCAGGCCAGAGCAGUAUUGCGGGAGGGGCUGGCAGCGGCAGUGGAAGUGUCUCUGCCAGCCCCAAGGAGAGCAGUUCCAGCAGUGCCUCGCGCUCCACAACUCCAGCUACCCCCGCACUACUGGAUGCCACCUCUCGUUGACGUCUGACCUUUGUCCCUUCCCUGCAUACUGAUGCGACAGUGCCCACACUCCACACAAAACCAAACUGAGGAAUCUUCAUUGCACACUGCCCCCCCCCAUUCUCCCCCCUGCCCUUAUUUCCCUCUUAUCGUAAGCUCUUCUGAAAAUCUUCUCACUACCUGAUGAAAGACUCAAUUUGUCACCUUCAAAGAUUCCAGCCUGGGGUUCAGUGUAGUGUAAAGCAUGAAUAGUGCAGUGUCUCCUAUCUCUGUAACGGAAACAUAUCAGAUGUGUUUGCUGAGAACAUGAGCUUUGAUGUAAUGUAAGUAUGGUAAACAGUGUCCGUGUAAGGACGCAGGACAAGGGCUGUAGUAAGGCAACAUCGACGGGGGGGUGACUAGGCUGAUUAGCACUUGGCUAGGAAUUUCCCUUUAAUUAAGUACCAAUGAGAGAACAGUACCUAGCCCUGAGAUGUGCACUACUAGUCCAAACAGUUCACCGAUGUGGCACUUUCUCUACAGUGUCCUAAUGGAGACAGUUAAGGAACAUAAUACCUUUUUUCAAAUGGAUGACAGAAGGGGAAAAACCUAUGAUGCGAUUAAUUCCUCAGAAACACAGCUUAGUAUUUAUUAAAUGUUUCUUUCUGGCUUUAAGGGGAAAUAAAGAAAAGUCCAAAUAUUCUAAAUAAAGAAUAAUAGUAAUGCUGAUGAUGCUGAUGAUGACAACGAUAAUGAUAUGAAAUAAAUUAAUUUUAAACUGCUAACUACCUUGCUAGCGAGCCAAGAAAAUCUACACCGGACUCACCUCUCUGCACCAUUGUGAACCCAAAUGAAUUCAAAGAUGAAAAAAAUAACAUGAUCCAAACCUUUGUAUUACACUGCCAAAGUGAGUAAGUAAGCGAUAAGGAGAAGCACUCAUCUUAUAACCAAACGCAAAGCAACAUCACCUCCUCAGCAGAUAAGCCAGCCCUGAGAGGACCAGGCGGCAGAGAAGCUGCAGAACGACGCGGCCCAGAGAUAGUCAGACAAACAAACAAAAAAAAGAAAACUGUGACCUGCUUUGAUCUGCAGCUGCCUCCUGCAGUCGCGACAAAACUACAGCGAUUCUACAGUGAUGGCCCAGACUAGUGAAUAUGGACAAUGCUGUGAACUUGCCUACAAGAAAGACUUAAUGAAACGGAUACAAACCCUGCCACAGUGUGAUUUUUGUGAAUGGUAACAGAGAGGACGGAUAGAGAAAAAAAUAGGAAAGGAAAAGCUACACAGCCUCAAAGAAGAUAAAGAUACAACACACGGCAACGGAGCUGCCAAAAACCUCAAAACAAGCUUGAAAACAUUAUACAAGAAGGCAUAGAAUAAUGUGGAGAUUAAUGGGAAGAUUGUUUCUAAGUCCUUUUUUCAAAGCUUCACAAUGAGGAGAUAUUUCAAGGAAUUGCUGUUACCUUUACAUUCACUCCCUCCUUUUCCAAAGCAUGAUAAACAGAUGUAAGAGCCUAGUAAAGGGUGGUGUAGACUUGGUUAUCCUCUCUCUUUCUACCUCCCCUCACCCCACACCUCCCUUCUAUGCUCUUCCCCGACAACUUGACUCAAGUUUGCCCCUAACCACCGCCUGCUUUGGACAGAGCCUCAGAGCAGUCACAUGGGAAGGAUUCAAACCUGCUUGUAGAUAUUGUUCCUCUUUUCAUUUUUCAAUAAUGUCGCUUGUCGCUGAUGUCCAUAUGUGCUGCCCUUGUGUGUAUCCGGAAAGAUGGACUUUGUUUUGGUUUCUGUUCCCUUUCAUUUUCCUCCUUUGAGUUUGGGCUGAGCAGUGAAGUCAGAGCAAGGACACUUGUUUAUGAGAGGAAGUCCCACAUUGUACUUAUUGUUUGCUUUCUUGUAUCUAUAUUAAUGAGAUGAAACCCCUCUUGUAGAAUAUUUUGUAUUGCUCACAUUGUAAGACAGUGAGAGGACGGAGGUGCAAUAUGAAGAGAAUUCAGCUACUGAAUGGAACCUCAGCAACUGCCCAUAGGGUGUCAUAUAAUAUAGAUACAUAUAAAUAUAUUUAAAGUAACAUCAGUAACUUAAUGUGAAUGUACAUAGUAUUUAAAGAGGUCCAAAAAUGUGUUUGCCAAAUAACAGAAACCUUAAAAGUUUAAUGUCCAGAAUAGGAUUUUCUCACAGUACAUUUGUUUCUCGAAUUUAUCAAUUCCUUUUUUUUCUCUCAUACAAGCUAAACACUUAAAUUUUCACUCAAAUCAAAGUGUCACGUGACCCUGAGUGGGGGAGACUGUUGGUAACAGAGAUAACCUGGCUCCAUGAAAGACCACAAUGCAUGUAGCUGAAAAAGGAUUAAAAAAGAUGAAGGAUGGAUGGACAAGACAAGACUUCCUGUACAUUUUCUAAAAUAAUUAGGCCUUAAUUUACAAUUGAGGAAAAAUCAUCCCCAUUGUAUUACAUCGAGAGAACCUCUGACAAAUAAUAAGAUGUUUAUGUUGUACUAAAAUUUUAUUAAUUUUUUAUGGAAGGGGUGCUAUUGGGCCUAAAUCCUGUUAUUUUCAUCCACCCCAGGUCAGUUUAGAUCCAGCGGGAGGGGACUCAACAGUGUGUGUUUUAACCUGCUAUUGACUAAAAAGCCCCAAUAGAGUCAGUAGUUAAAUAAAAAGGGAUAAAGGUGCUGUCUCAGUUUCAAAUUUAAGUUCAUUCCCUCCAAAUUUAGGAACUGUCAAACUUGAUCAUGUCAACUGUUCUGUUUAUUGCCAUCCUUUCGGCUCAUGUGCCACUGUAGUGACCAUCUCUCUUGGUCCUCAUCAACCUGUGUUUGUUUGUGUGUGGUUAGGAGUGUUUGUUUCCCCCAAGGUGCAGGACAAGCCAUUACUGUAGGAUUAUGAUGAUAUGCCAGUGUUAAGCUACAGUAAACUUCAAAGCUAAUUUUGUUACCCAAUCUUGGAAAUGUUGCUUUUUUUUUUUUAACUGAUUAUUUUUUAUUUGUAAAGAUGCAAUAUGAUCUGGGUCCAGGCCAAGAGAUAUGCAUCACCUCUUUAGGUUUAUGGUAUUCUUUUCACCCUUCCCACAUGCUCCAGCAAUAUGAUCACCUCUCGUAAAAACAUGCAUGUAAAACAGUCUCAAGGCCUUUAAAAAAAAACUGUAUGAGCAGCCAUGCUCAAACUAAUUUUAUAUUGAUCAUUGUAAACUCUGCGUGGUUGGCCUUAUACACACUUGGACCAAACUUGAAAAAAAAUAGGUAACUUUCUUUUUGCAGUUGAGUGGUAUAGGAAAACAAAAACUCUGCUUUUUCUGCUUUUGAUUUGUCAACAGAUCGAUAAAAGGGCAUCAUUUUUUUGGUAUAUCUGAGACAUAUAAUUCAAACGGAAUAAGCUGCAAGGUACCCCUGCAUCUGUGUAUAGCAUCCAUGUUUGUGUGUCAUAAUUACCGUAAUUUUUGUGUUGACCUCAGCCUUUUUUUGUCAUUCACCUUCCCCCAAUGCUGAAUUCCUCCACUACCGCCACAGCCCACUCUUCACAAGCCCCUCUCACACUUAGCUACCUCCUGUGACCAUACAGCUAACCACCAGGAGAGGUUGACCUGGACUUUGAAAAGCUGGGCUGAGAGCAGACAAGGAAAUGCACAUUCAACAGCGAUCAUAUGGUCCUGUCUGAAAAUGAUAAACACAAAAGUGUUGAAAGGAACUGCCAUUACUUGUGAUGUGGAAGACUUUUUAUUCCCACCAGUCUUCACCUUUUUGAUCACAUCUUGCCAACCAAACUGAUACCACUGGAGUUUAGUAAUCAUUUACUCUUACUGUAACAACCCGCAUAUUACCAAACUGACACAUAGAAUCAACCAUGACAUGCCAUUUGUUGUCAAAAACCAAUAAAAGCACAGACCAAAGUACUCCUGCAUUGCCAUAGUAGUCUUUGACACAGUGUGUACUGACAGACCAGAAAUAAUAAGGUUAGACCUCCACUACACCAGUUAACCAAAGUGUCUGAAAUACACACACUCAGAGCACAAGAGAGAAGAGCACGCUCAAUGAACCAGCUGAGUUUCAAAUGUGUAGAAUUCCUAUUCAAGCAAUCAAAGCGCUUGUUGUCUACAUAUUGAAUAGUGCUUCUGUAGAAACAAUAUGGGCAUCUCCUUUGGGAAAGCCUACUGAUUGCGUGUUCUUACAGUUACAAAGCCUUGCAGAGAUAAAAUGAAUGCAUGGUGGGUGUGUGUUUGUGUGUGAAUCGUGGUGUGUGUUUUUAUAAAAAAAAAAAAAAAAAAAAGAUCCUUUUUCUUUGUGUCUCUGUACAAACUACUUGAAACCCUCAGAGCUUUAAUGAAACAUCCCAGACAGACUACAGUGGCAGAUCGAUUCACAAUAUGUAGCAACAGCUUUGUGCAGUAAAAUACCAUGUUUGGGUGUAAUAUCCACAUCAAAACAACAUUUUAAUGACAGUUCCAUUCAACUCUAAGUGCUUUGCAUGUGCCUCCUUGUCUGCAAGUAAGCCCUCAGACAAAAUAAACAAAGCCAAACCCAAUAGACCACUUCUAAAUGACCAAAAUACAACCAAAAGCUACAAAUUUUUUUUUUUUAGAUUUUACUUUGGUUAAGGUUUUUGUCUAUUUUCCCAGCGUUAGAGAGCGUCAUGUCCCACUAAUGUGUGGGACAUGCAGCUGCAGUAUAAAAAUCUGAGCUGUCGAGGAAAGAGAAAACUGUCCCUCACUGAGAUUCUCCCUCCUGUUAUCAUCAGACAGGAUACAAAAGAUCAGAUCAAUGUGUUGUUCAGCUGGUUGUAAACUUCAUUAAAUCAUGAAACAAAGCAUAUUGGUGCUGUGGUGUCAUACACUUUUCUCUGUGAAGAUAUUAUAGAUUGAAUACGCAUAAAGGCUCUGCUGUUGUUAGUACCAUCCAAGGGUCUCUGAACACUUUAUAUCAGCCACUUUUCUGUUUGUUAAACUAUGUACAUGAUAUGGGCAAAACGCAUGUUUAGAAAAGACAGAUAUUAGCAGGUUGGCAUUUGUCUCUCCCUACCCAAACCAGUAACUCUACCAAUGAAGUUUCAAGGCUCAUCUGAUGUGAUGGUGACACGUCCUUCCUGUGAAACAGGCACUGAUCAAUAGCUACAGUAGAAAGCUAAAGUGGCAAACAGUGGAUUCAGCACUAGUUUUCCCAAAAGCCAUGGCUCAGGAUGGUCUUGUUUUUACCUUUGCAUAAACUGAAAAAAGGUUUAUGGUUUUAUAUGUGUAGGGAAGCAUUCUAUACUGUAUUGUGCAAUACAUUAUUACAGAAAAAACAUGUUUCUGUAGGAAAGGUUGGCGCUUUGAAGAUCUUUCUCCUUUUGUUUUGUUUCCCUCUUCCAAAAGUCCUGUUGCCGUUUUUAGAUGAAGUUAACUGUGCCAGAAGAAUUAAAUUCUGAUUUGUAUUUAUUUCUUGCAUGCUUUCCUCCCUGUUGCUAAUAACGCUCUUUAACUGUUCGCUCUGUUGGAUGUGUGAAGCUGUAAAACAUUCUAAUUCAGGUUAUUGUCUGUGUUGAACAAUGUAACUGUGUAAUUAA